AUGGUCGAGAGGAGCAGACCUGGUCGAGAGGAGCAGACCUGGUCGAGAGGAGCGACCUGGUCGAGGGGAGCAGACCUGGUCGAGAGGAGCAGACCUGGUCGAGAGGAGCAGACCUGGUCGAGAGGAGCAGACUGGUCGAGGGGAGCAGACCUGGUCGAGAGGAGAAGACCUGGUCGAGGGGAGCAGACCUGGUCGAGAGGAGCAGACCUGGUCGAGAGGAGCAGACCUGGUCGAGAGGAGCAGACCUGGUCGAGAGGAGCAGGACCUGGUCGAGGGGAGCAGACCUGGUCGAGAGGAGCAGACCUGGUCGAGAGGAGCAGACCUGGUCGAGAGGAGCAGACCUGGUCGAGAGGACCAGACCUGGUCGAGAGGAGCAGACCUGGUCGAGGGGAGCAGACCUGGUCGAGAGGAGCAGACCUGGUCGAGAGGAGCAGACCUGGUCGAGAGGAGCAGACCUGGUCGAGAGGAGCAGACCUGGUCGAGGGAACAGACCUGGUCGAGAGGAGCAGACCUGGUCGAGAGGAGCAGACCUGGUCGAGAGGAGCAGACCUGGUCGAGAGGAGCAGACCUGGUCGAGAGGAGCAGACCUGGUCGAGGGGAGCAGACCUGGUCGAGAGGAGCAGACUGGUCGAGGGGAGCAGACCUGGUCGAGAGGAGCAGGCCUGGAGGUGUAAGGAAGCAUCAUACACAGCAGCGUCGUGA